AUGUCAUCAGAUAACCAGUGGUCAGCAGAUGAGGACGAAGGUCAAUUUUCCCGGCUGAUCAAGAAAUCUAGAGACUCCCCCUUUGUGCCUGUAGGGAUAGCAGGCUUUAUGACUGUGGUGUCCUAUGGUCUUUACAAGUUAAAGAACAGAAGAAAUCAGAAAAUGUCCAUUCAUCUUAUUCACAUGAGAGUUGCUGCCCAAGGAUUUGUUGUAGGAGCUGUGACUCUAGGUGUUCUCUAUUCUAUGUAUAAGGAUUACAUUAGACCUCGAUUCUUCAAUGUGUCCAAAAAAUGAAGCUGCAUACAAAAAAAUACAAGAAGCCUUCUGAAAACUAUUAUGAGGAAUGAAUUUUCAAUAUGUAGCAAAUUGUACUGCAGAAGUAUUAGAGUUUUCACAGCCUGGUAUAGUAAGUCUCAAUUGUUUAAGAAGUCGACUUCCAAAGCAAUAAUCAUAGUCAACGCAAAAAUAUCCCUGAUGAUGUCUUUCAGAACCUAGAGCAUGAUUUUCUGAUUUAAAUUUUUUUAUUCUGUUGUUAGUGACAGAAGAUAAUCUAUCUUAUGACAAACCAACCUUAAAAUUAAGAGUUAGCUAUACAUAGUGGCUACAGAAAUUUUCUAUAUCCAUAUCAAAUGUGACAAUCUAUACAUUGCUUAAUUCUCCCCAAAUAAUUAAGGCUUUCAUAAACUCACUUUUAGAAUGGGCAACAAUUAUAUCAGAAGAGAAUGGUCAUGUUAUUUAAAUUUGGUUCACCACUGUGCACCUCACCCUUAUAUAGAAACUUCACUAUUCUACCACAAACAUAAAUGUUUAACAUGUAUAUAUCUGUGUACUCGUUUUUAUAUUUCUUGAAAGUAUUUCUAAGAGUAUGGAAGGUAAAUUGCUAAAAAAAAAAAAAUAAUAAUAAGUCCCUUUUCCCCCAGAUGGUAAUAUUGUGGGGGU